AUGACCGGAAAGUCAACGGAUCCCAUUAAAAUCAAUAAGUGGGAUGGACCGACUAUUUUGAACGACAGAGUAGGAUGGAAAGAGUAUCACUCUCUGAUGGACGGAAGGCUGCUUAUUUCAUUUAUCGCUGUUUGCUUUUCUGGAUUUGCUAUUGUCUACGAUUACAUUCACCCAUUCCCAAAGUCGAAGAUUGUUCUUGCCGUCUGUUCCAUCACGUAUUUCAUACUCAUGGGAGUGCUACAGUUGUAUCAGAUGCGUACAGGCGAGAAAACGCUACUUUUUAUCAAGCUGAGCGAUGCGGACGGUAAACAGAAAGCAGGAUUCGGUGGGCAAAUGGCAGCUCCGAGCUGA